CAAGAAGAAUAUUAAGACCAUUAUCCAAGAAAAGACAAUGAACAGCAAAGUUACUCUUAUCAUUUUGACUCUCUUUGUAGUUUAUCUGGUUUCCACACAAGCUGCAUCUCUUAGACACACAGGAGUGAGCUUGCGAUGCCAAUGUAUUAAAACAAACUCCAAAUUCAUCCAUCCAAAACACAUGGAGAAUAUUGAAAUCAUUCCAAGUGGCCCACAUUGUCCAACUGUUGAAAUCAUUGCAACCCUUAAAAGUAGAUCUCAAGUGUGUCUGGAUCCUAACUCUGUUUGGGUGAAAAAGAUCAUUGACAUGAUGACCAAUGUGUAAGUUUUGACAUUUAGUUUGUGCUAUCUUAGCACUCUGAGAAGUAGCAAGCAGCACAUGGGGAAGAAGGGAGUCAAUAUAUUGGGCACAUUUUUAUCUUCACUGUCAAGACAGUAAUUCAGGAAUUCAGACUGACAAACUUUUAGGAAACUCA